CGUGAGAAGCAGGAGGGGCGCGGGGGUCCUCGCACCGUGUCCUCGCAGGGGCCCGACGCCAUGGCAGCUGCCUUGGGAGGAGGAGGGGACGGAGGAGCAGAUGAUGACUUUGAUCAAUUCGAUAAGCCUGGUGCAGAAAGAUCUUGGAGGAGGAGAACUGGAGAUGAAGACUGGGACAGUGAAUUAGACGAUGACUUGCUAGGAGAAGAUUUGCUGGCUGGCAAAAAGACGCAGUCAGAUAUGUCAGAUGAAGAAUUGAAUGAUGAUCUUCUACAGAGUGACAACGAAGAGGACCAACAUUUCAGCACUCAAGGUGUCACAGUUAGUCUUAAUGCUACAUCUGAAGUAGGUACAUCCUUUGAACUCGCGGAGCAUGCUAAUGAUCAGUCGGUUGAGCAAGAUUCAGAGUAUGAACAAGGGGAGGAUGAACUGGGCUAUGGCAAAUCAGAAGUGCCUGAAGAGUAUUCUGGGGAAUACACAGAAGAAGGGCAGUAUGAAGGCCAAGAGGCUGAGCUGACAGAAGACCAAAUAGAAUAUGGGGAAGAUCAGGGAGAAGAAGAGAUUUAUAAUGAUGGAGUGCUAGAUCUCGAAAUCAAUGAACCUCUAGAUGAUUUUACAGAUGAAGAUUAUAUGCAGUCCUACAGUGAGCAGCAAGCAAUUGAACAGCAAGAAUAUGUAGCUGAAGGAGAAUUGGAGGAGGUUGCUGACACCCAGACACCGCCAAAUGAGCCGGAAGAGGCAGUUAUUGAAAACUUAGAGCUUCAAGAAGAAACCAAAGAAGAGUCUGAUGAAGAAGAGGAAGAUGAUGAAGAAUCUGGUCGAUUACGUUUCAAAACUGAACGGAAAGAAGGAACAAUCAUUAGACUUUCAGAUGUAACGAGAGAGCGAAGAAACAUUCCAGAAACUUUGGAACUUUCUGCAGAAGCCAAAGCAGCAUUAUUUGAAUUUGAAGAGAGGGAAAGGCAAAUGAAGCAGGGGCGUUAUGGCUCAAGAAGAGGAGGAAGGAGAGGAGGGCCUUUAAUGUGUCGUGGGAUGGGAGAACAAAGAAGAGACAACAAUGAAAGGGGAAGAAUGAAGGAUCACAGGCCUGCGUUGCUGUCGACCCAGACAUCUGUUACGACACAUUCGGAAAGGAUAUUUCGUCAUCAACAGCCCAUUAGGAAUCUCUUCCAGCAGCAGCAGCAGCAGCAGCAGCAGCAACAGCAACAGCAACAGCAACAGCAACAGCAACAGCAACAGCAACAGAUGCAGGGACUGUUACCCAUUCCCUCUCAGCUUCAUACACCACCUCCGCCUCAAGGGAUGCAUAUGCCACCCCAGCUAGAAACACCAAGAAUGCUGAUGACUCCUCCUCCAGUGACAUCUCAGCAGCCAAAAAACAUACAUAUAAACCCACACUUCAAAGGAACUGUAGUAACGCCUGUACAAGUGCCCUUGCUGCCAGUCCCAAACCAGCCAAGACCUGCUGUAGGACCCCAGAGAUUUCCUGGUCCUCCAGAGUUUCAGCAGAAUCCCCCUGGACCUGUUCCUACCAACUUCAAUCAAGCCCCAAGACUCUCCCUCCAGGAUCAAUGGAGAGGACCACCACCGCCUCUGCCACCACCGCCUCCACAGGAUAGAGAGCCUUUCUUCAUGGGAGAGCCAAGAUUUCCCAGCCAUCACUUGUUUGAGCAGCGGAGCCCUCCUCCUCCACUACCACCCCCACUCCUCAACAGCGCCCACCAAAUUCCCAACCAAAACCCGCACCCUUUCAGUCAGCCUGGACCAGGUUUUAACCAGCAGGGGCAGCAGCACAUGUUUCCCAGAGAGAGGAUGGUGAGGCCAAACAUUCAUCCGCAGGGCCCCGUGGGAGUCCUUCACUUCAACCAGCCUGGAGCAGCAAAUGCACGACCUUUCCUCCCUCCCAGGCAGUCGUUCAUGCAGGUGCCAGGGCAGCCGUUUUUGACAACUCUCACACAGCCCAACAUGCAGGGUCCCUUGCACCCUCCUUUGCAGCCACAGCAUCAGCAGCACCCACAGCCGCCGCAACAACACCACCCGCAGCCGCAUCAACAGUCGCAUCAGCAGCAUCCGCAGUCACAUCAGCAGCAUCCACAAACAGCCCAGCAGCACCACCAGCAGCAUCAACCACACCACCAGCAGCAUCAACCACACCACCAGCAGCAGCACCACCUCCUUGCAGUGCCCCCCCAGCCUCUGAUUUCUGUUGCCCCAUCCCAGUUUAGACCUCACAUGCAGGCGCAGCAGCAGCAGUCAAGCAGCAAUCGGAUGCAGUGUCAGCAGCGACAAGGUCUGGUAAAGGCCAGGCAUAACACACCAACACAAAACAUUGUGAAGCGUCCAAAUCAGCAACUCCAGUCACCUGCUCCAAGGAACAGUAACUUGCGGGAAUUGCCAAUAGCACCUUUGCAUGCAAUUGAGGCUGCUAACAACCGAAGAACCUCAGCACCUGCUGCUCAAGUAAAACCCAUUACCAGUACCAUGCCUACAGCAAGGCCUGUUGCUGGUGUGAAGAACCAACAGGGAAGGACUGAGACAAAGCCUAGAGCAGUUAUUCCAGUGGCACAGCCUAAAGCGGAGAUCAAAUCUGAGCCAGAGUUUCCUGAUGAAGAUGAAGAAACCAGACUCUACCGUUUGAAGAUAGAAGAACAGAAACGCCUAAGAGAAGAGAUCUUGAAACAAAAGGAGCUCAGGCGGCAACUUCAGGCUGGAGCUAGAAAAAGAGAGUUGCUUGAAAGGCUUGCACAGCAGCAGCAGCAGUCUUCAACACAACAACAGGAGGAAGAAACUUCACAGUUGCCCACCAAUGGAAAUGCAUUACUUCCCCUUCCUGGUGCACAGCCACGCCAAAAUGUGAAAUGCAGGCUGAUGGUUAAAAAGCAAGACCCAGUAGCUCCAACCCCCCCUGCUUUUCAGCCUAAGCCCCCAAAUAUUCUGCAGGCUGGAGAUAAUGCACAAUUUCAAGGACAGCAAAUAAAAACAGUAAAGCAGCUAAGACAGACUAGGACAAUGCCUGAAAAUGAGCUCCAGCUGCCAUAUAAAGGGUUGCAAACAAAGCCUCCUGCAGCCCACUUGAACCCAUCCCAGAUUGCUCGUGUGGCAUCAGUACAAGGCCAGCCUCAGGAACUGAAGCCUGGGGUGAAAAGAACUGUCAUGCAGCGGGCAAACAGUGGUAGUGGAGAUGGGCCCCAUGUCGGCACCAAAGUCAGGGUGAUUAAAUUGUCAGGAGGGGGUGGUGAGAACGUUGGCUUUUCUCACUCAGAAGUGCCACAUCACCGGCUACAGCAGCCCCUGGAUCAAAGACAUCAGCCUGUGCGGAAGGUCACCUUGACCAAAGGAACAAUACAGCAACCGCAUCAGCACCAGCUGGCACAGAUCCACUCACUUCCCCAGGGGCUGAAAAACAUCCCGGGGAUACAUCAGGCAAAGAAGGUCAUUACGCACGGGAGAGGCAGAGGCAUUGCGGGCCAGAUGGGCCGAGGACGCUUGAUGCCAAAUAAACAGAAUCUGCGAGUGGUAGAGUGCAAACCACAGCCCUGCAUUGUGUCAGUUGAAGGGCUUUCUUCAUCAACCACGGAUGUCCAACUGAAAAACCUGCUGAUGUCGGUAGGACCUAUUCAGAGUUUACAGAUGCUUCCUCAACAGCGGAAGGCCAUAGCAAAAUUUAAAGAGCCCUCUGAUGCUUUGAAAUUUCAACAGAAGUUUCACAGGCAUAUGAUAGAUUUGUCCCACAUCAACGUGGCACUGAUAGUGGAGUGACCUGCUGAACGCAACUGGUCUGUUCUUCUACAUGUGGCUUCCUUUGAAGGAAGUCGCGAGGCAGGAUCUCCUCGUGAUCUCCAAUGCCAGCUUUGCAGUGCCCCCCCUGAAACUUAAGACUACUCUGUGACACUACAGACAGCAGCAGCGUUACUGCAGUGGAAGCUAGAGUUAACAAGGAUCCAGAAACGGAGAGUUUUGUAUUGGCUUUCUUUUACUGUGUUGACACAUGGAGCUAUAGGUCUCGUGUCCUUGUGCACAAAUGUGUGUACACAGGUGUUUUUUCAAGAAAUGUACUAUGUGAUCACAGUGACUCAGAUUGAAAGAACACUAACUUUGAAAAAAUUUAUGCUUCUUCAUAGCAAAGAAUAUUUGAUAAUGGUUGCUCUUAUCUUCCAUGUGGGGUGUUGGAAUGAGAUGGUGUCCAUACCUAUCUGGAU